AUGGUGCGAUUACAACGGCGGCUUGCGACGCUGGGAAUUGCCAUCCUCGGCCUCACCGUCAUCUCCAUCUCUAUCUACUCUCUGUAUGGAGACUCCAAUCGGGUCCUGGAGUUUGCUGGAGCCCAUACAGACUGGAACUCACACAGCUCGGCACCAGUGGACUCAGAUCCGCGACCAAAAGACGAUGCUCCAGCACCAAUCGAACUGACAGCCGAAACCAAACCCGACACGGAAAAGCAAUCUGCAGGCCAACGACCCAAAUCACCCACGGCUCCCGCAGGUGUGGCCUUUGAGAUGCACCCCGACGCUUUCCAUGCUGGAGCUGACGCUAACCGACACAUGGGACAUGACGUGUGGCGACCACACGGAUACGUCCCCUCAUACCCUCUGGGAGGGGUUCAUAGAGCUCCCGGAAUCGAUCCUCUGCAGGUGGGCAACGCUGGCGAGUUCAUGCAGCAGAAGCUGGUGGCUGACUUUGCUGAGGGAUCGGACCGGCUGUUCCUCAUGCUGAAGACUGGAGCCACCACAUUUUGGAAACGAAUGCCGAUUCAUGCUUACACAACUCUCACCCGAGUGCCUCAUUUCGCCAUCUACUCCGACCACCCCGAUACCAUCGCUGGCUAUGAGGUUAUUGAUAUCCUUGCCAACACCUCUCAGGAGUACAUGGACAGCCAGGACUUCCGACUCUACCGACAGCAGCAGAAGCUGCGAGAACUUCACAACCAGGUUGACUUUGGAACGAUGAAGCUAGACGGAGGAUGGGAGCUCGACAAGUACAAGAACAUCCCCAUGCUGCAACACGCCUGGAACACAGACUCUACCAAGGACUGGUAUGUGUUCAUUGAUGACGAUACCUACGUCUUCUUCGAUACUAUGUUGGCGUGGCUCAAGGAGCUCGACCCCAAAGAGCCUCUGUACAUGGGCUCACCUACCAGUGUCAAGGGUGUCACUUUUGCUCACGGUGGAUCCGGUGUUGUUCUUUCUCAUGGUGCAAUGAAGGCUAUGUUUGAGGACGCCGAGAUUGCCGAUGGUUUCGACACCCUGCAACAUGAAUAUGAGGAACACACUGCAUCUGUCUGCUGUGGUGAUUAUAUGGUUGCCAAGGUCCUGCUCGACAAGGCCAAGGUGAAACUCUCCAUGACCUCAGCCAGCAAGUACCCUUACAUUGCGCGAAAGAUCCAGGGAGAGCCCAUUACCACUCUCAAGUUCUUUCAGGACAACUGGUGUCAGCCCAUCACUACCUUCCAUCAUCUGACCAACCGUGACAUCGAACUCAUGUGGCAGUAUGAGCGAAGCAAGGGUCCCGAAUUCCGAAAACACAUUACCUACCAGGACCUCUACCACGACUUCGUCAAGCCCUACAUUUCUGACGACGUUCGAGAGGACUGGACCAUUGAGCGAGAAGAUACCGAUGGUGAUGGCCAGGAGAGUUCGCUUGCCAAGGAGAAGGAGGAUUGGAAGAACAAGCACACUAAGAAGAAGAGUGACGAUGACGAGGAAGACAAGGAGCCCGAGCAGGAGAUUCCCCCCUUUGAGCCUCUCAAGGAUUCCCCUCGACAGUCCAUCGACAAGUGCAAGGCGUGGUGUCAGUCCAAGGACUGGUGCUAUCAGUUUGUGUACACAGGCAAGGAUGGUGAUGAAAACUCCGUUUGCAAGAUCAAGAAGUACCUGAGUCUGGGCUAUCCUGUGACCAAGGGCAAGAAGAAGCGAGUGGGAUGGAACAUUGAGCACAUUCGAAUGCACUUGCGAUGGUCCACUGACUGUGACGAGCUUGCUGGUCUGGAGGAAGCCGAUGCCAAGGGUCUUGAUCCCGAUGAGGGAUGGUGGAAGUCUCGAUUCCAGGCUGACAGGGAGGCCGAGCGUCUUCGACAGCAGGCCGAGGAGCAGGGAGCCCAGGCCCCCGAGGGCGAAAAUGAAGAUCUCAAGAUGAAGGAGGCCGAGAAGCAAGAAGAGGUCAAGGAUGAAAAGAAGGAGGAGGAGAAGCAGAAGGAGGAGAAGAAGAAGGAGGAGAAGAAGGAUGAAAAGAAGGGGGAUGAGAAGAAGGAGUAA